AUGCAAACGAAGUGUUUCGGUGUUAUAUAUGCAGCACGUUAUAGAUGUCAUCGUCGCGGCCAUUUGGCACGUGAAUGUGACAAAGACUCACUUCAACCAACACAAUGUAAUCGUUGUCAAGGUUUUGGUCAUAUUGCGCAAAGUUGUACAGCGGUAGGACAUCAUUUUCGACGUAAAGAUACGAAAAAUUCAGUGCAAGGUUACCAAUCUUCGUCGCGUUCAAUAAAAAAGGAAUCUCGACCGCUGAAUUUAUCAUACGCAGUAGCUGCUCCGCAAAGGUUGUAG